AAGAUAGGCCCAUAUGUAUCUAGCGAUGAGCUCGUCUAGUUGCCGCGUUUGCCUAGAGAGCUGUGAAAACAUGGUCAAUGUAUUUGAAGGGAUGCAUGAAGUUGGAGUUUCCAUUGCCAGUAUGAUUUUUGACUGCACCGGCUUCAAACCUGAUAGAGGCGAUCGACUGCCGGAAACCAUUUGUACUUCUUGCCUUCAGGAUGCGCGAAGUGCAUUUGAUAUUAAGAACACUUACGAAAGGAGCUCCCAAUUGUACUGCCAGUUAACAAAGAAUUCUACGGAGGGGGACCCUUUUACUGACCAGAAUGUUGUGCCUGUGAAGGAAGAAGACUCCUCAGACUUGCCAAGCAAGAUGGAACAUCCUUAUCAGUUUGUUGUGCAAUAUUUGCCAAGCAAGGUGGAACAUCAAUCAGACCAAUGCCUCGUGAAGAAUGAACCACUUGACGAAGACGCCUCCGAGGAGGAGCACAGUCCAAGUCCCAUUUCAGACUGUGGCGUUAUUCAUUCCCAUUGCGAGGUGAAGAUCGAGGAAGAUGACGAUUUUGAGAGUGAUGGAUACUGUGAGCCUGGAAGUAGUGAUGGAGAGGACAACAGCACACAUAAGUGCUCUCAAUGUCCGCAGAUAUGUACCUCGAAAAAAGAUCUUAAGCGACAUUUGCGAGUCCACGAAGACGAACGACUGUUUAAGUGUUCUCAGUGUUCAAAGGCCUUCAAACGUAACUCACAUCUUCUAUCACACAUGCAAACGCAUACGGGAGAACGGCUUUUCAAGUGUACUCAGUGCUCAAAGGCCUUCAAACGUAACUCCCAUCUUCAAGAUCACUUGCGUGUUCACACAGGCGAACGACCAUUCAAGUGCGACCAAUGUAUAAAGACUUUUAAAUAUAAUACACAACUUUUCUAUCACAUGCGAGUGCAUACAGGAAAUCCUCUUAAAUGUACAUACUGCUCAAAAACUUUUGCAAGGAAUUAUAAUUUACAGAUUCACUUGGCAAGCCACACAGGAGAACGACCCUUUGAGUGUACUGAAUGCUCAGCGACUUUUGUGAGGAAAGCUAAUCUUCAGGAACACAUGCGAACGCAUACUGGAGAGCGACCUUUCGAGUGUUCCCAGUGCUCCAAAAGUUUUACUAAGAAGACACAUCUUCAGGAACACUUGCUAGUUCACACAGGAGAACGACCGUUCAAGUGUGAUCAUUGCUCAAAGGACUUCACACGUAACUCACACCUUCAAAAUCACUUGCUUGUGCAUACAGGAGAACUUUUGAAAUGUACAAUCUGCUUUAAAACUUUCGGAAGUAAUGCACAUCUAAAGCUCCACCUGGCAGUCCACUCAACGGAACGACCAUUUAAGUGUACCCACUGCUCAGCGGAUUUUACGAGGAAUGAUUCCCUUCGAACGCACAUGCGAACGCACACUGGACAAAGACCGUUUACAUGCACCCAGUGCUCAAAAACUUUUUUUACGAAUGCACAUCUGCAGGGACACAUGCGUGUACACACAGGAGAACGGCCUUUCAAGUGCACCCAUUGUUCGAAGGCUUUUAAGGAUCAAUCUUACCUUCAGGUACACAUUCGCAUCCACACAGGAGAACGACCCUUUAACUGUUCCCACUGCUCGAAGAGUUUUUCCCAGAGUUCAAGUCUGAAGCGACACUUGGAAACCCAUAAGGAAUAAUGAGUGUCUUAGAUUUAAAAAUUACCUUUUAAGUACUCGUUGUUUCAAAAUCUGUUAAAUUAUAAUAUAGGUAAUAUAA